AUUUCCUCUACCGACAUAACGUAACAUUUGACAACGUAACGACAGAAGUGGAAAUAUUGGAUACAUCAAAGUGUGCGAAAAAUGGAUGUCUUUAUGAACAUAUUCGUUGGGGUGAGGCCUUCGUCAUAGUUUAUUCGGUAGUCGAUAGACACAGCUUUCACGAAGCACAAGAAAUUCUAGGACAGCUAGUCAAACUAAAGCUCCCUUCCUACUACACGAGUCUUUUACUGGGGAAUAAAAGGGAUCUGGACCAUUCUAGGCAAAUCUGCGUAGAUGACGGGCAGGAACUUUCUCUGCAAUAUGGCUGCCAAUUUUAUGAAGUGAGCGCAGCAGAAAACUUCGCUGGUGUCUCUCUCGCCUUCCAGUCCCUAUUGAGAGAAGCACGAUCGGUCCAACUCCUCAAAGCCUUGCCGAUCAGAAGAAAAUUAGGAGUCAACAGUGUCUCCAAAGUAUUAGGCAACAUAUUUGGAAAAAACUCCAAAGGGGAUCGCAAGAAGAGACCAUCUCUCAGUAUAUAAGUUAGACGAAGAUCUAUUUAGCAAUAAAUUUUCAAAGUUCCUUAUUUAUUUAAGGCUCGAUACGUUGCCUUUUGAAAAUAAUGUGAUAGCAACGCCUUACCAUUCGUCUUCGUGACUUUUGAGUUGCUACGUCAAGAGACUGAAAAAUCAAAUAAUUUCAAUCUUGUCUUCCAUUUAUAAUGGCAUUGCGUAUAAAUAAAAAAAAUUUGUUGAAGAUAGAUUAUGAAUUAAUGAAGCUGAAUCAAGACAAGGUUUAAAUAUCUACAAGGGUUUAGGUCUAUUGCAUUGUCGUUUUUAUGGAUUUUUGACCAUCGUCCAUUUGUUUAUCGUUCAAAGGAUCCACAUAAACUCAUUCAUACAUCAGUAAUUGAAAAUAAAAUAAACAGAAAGAGACCAGUUGGAACAGGGGACGUAAAUUUUUAGAAAAACCUUACAGAAAUUAUUUAUGAAACGAAAGAUAAUACAUUUGAGUUUUCAUUAACGAUUGCAUUACAUGUUCAAAUAAUAACAUUUCCAAAAUACAAAUCAUGAAAUUAUAAAACAACAAUAAAAAUUAAUUGGGGCUCCGA